AUGACCUCACUUAGAGGCUUGAAUAAGAAGGGUGACUUGGAGAUAACAUUGUUGGAUACUCGAGGAGUGCGUGGCGCUGACAUCUUUUGCAUAAUCGACUUGCCACCCAACAAACCAUUCAAGACGCAUCUCUUCAAGGGACCUGAUCCAAAGUUCAAUGAGAAGUUCACUCUUGACUUGAUGACAUUGAAUGAUGAGGAGAUCACUAUUCAGUUGAAGGAGCAGAAGGCUGCUGGAUCAAAGUUCUUGGGACAGAUACAAAUACAGAUUAAGGCGUUGGCUAUUCAGCCAGUGCCACAAUGGUACUACUUGACAGACAGACCCACCAAGGAGGGCAAGACACCAAGGGUAGUGACUGGUAGCAUCCAAGUGCAACUGUCAUUCGUACAUCGUUAUAAGAAGCGUACGGAUGCGCCCACCGCCAUCAUCAACUCGGCACUCUAUGAGCCAAUGAAUGUCGCCAACAACGGGAACAACUCGUCGGCCCAGACCACGCCAUCACAGACGGCCUCAGAUUCAAAGCGGGCGGCGGCGUCGGCAUCGGGAGCAUUCUCCCGUGUGGACAGUCUGCUCUCACAGAUUGAGAACAUCAGUCUGUCGUCCAGCAACAGCAGCAAUAGUAGCACUAGCAGUAGCUACAGUAGCAAUAGUAGCGCGAGUGGCAGCAGUCUCAAAAACAGCGGCAACAACUUCCAACAACCAGAUGCGACGCGACACUUGUCUCGAGCAACAAGCAUGGGCGCCGGUCUUGGAAAUGGCAUGGGUCUUGGCAGCAACAAGGACCGCAUUGGUAGCGGCAACAGCAGUGGCGGCGGCAACAUGCACACUCAUAAACAAGACUCGAACGAACAUAUUGGCGAGGAGAGUGUGAUCAUUGAUGAGACGAUCAAGGACAAGGAGAACAUUGUGUUGCAACAGUUGAUGCAGCAAAAGAAUGCUAUUAAGCAGUAUAGCGAGACACUGCGCAGACGUGAGCGCGAGAAGGGCGAGUCAUCAGUGGCCAACGACAAGAUCAAGAUAAUGCAAAUGCAGCACGACAUUGAUGAGAUGGAGAAGUUGGUGUCGGCCAGCCACAGCAGCAACAUCUCCACGACUCCGCCACCCUCCACCCUCAAGUCCAUGACCAACUCCAUCCUCGACGACAUUGAGGAGCUGACAGGAGGUGCAUCCAACAGGCGUGCGGCGCAGUCCAGCGUCACAACAUCUUCCGCGUCCGCCAAGCAGCCUUCGCCCAUCACCCAGUACAAGACUCCCACGACCACUCAAUCACCAACAUUGUACAACAGCUCGGCCAAACCCAGUAUCACCGACUCGUCGACUGAGCAGCGCAUAAGGAUGCUUACACAAGAACUCGAGAAGGAGAGGAAGCUAAAGGAGAGCGCCAUUGAGAGGAGUAGACUGCUGGAGCAGGAACUCACACAUAAUACGAGGGGCUCGCCGGUCAACUCGCGCGACUCAACGCUGCGUCUGCAGCACGACGACCUGGCACACAGACUGCGCGCCUCUGACGACGAGGUGCAGACACUCACACGCGAGAAGCAGAUUGCGAUGGAGCGCGCCAAGAUGUACGAGACGAUGGUGGACAAGCUCGAAAAGGACAUUGAGUUUGAGCGAGCGCUCAAGAAGAAGGAAACCGAGCGCAAGGAGUUUGAGCGCGAGGAGGCCAAGCGUCUGGCUCGCGAGCUUGAGGCAUCGCACACACGAGUCAAGCUCGUGCAGAUCGAGCUGGAGAACCAAAAGGCCCAGGUACAGGUCUCCAAGGACAAGAAGCUAUCGCUCGAGAAGGAGGUACUGCGCAUGGAGGCCGAGCUCCAACGCAAGCAUGUUGAGCCCCAACCCAAGGUUGUCCAGGUAGAUCGCAAGGAGGUGGAGGCCAUGCAGUACAAGCUAAAGGUGACCGAGCUCGACCUGGACAGCGAGAGAAAGUCGCGCGAACUCAGCCUCGAGAAGAUCAAGUAUUAUGAGCGAGAGUUGGACAAGUCCGAGAAGAACGUCAUGCGUCUCGAGAGCGACCUUGAGCGUCUCGAGUCCCAAAUGGCCAGCAUCGCCAAGACCAACGAGAAGCUCUAUGCUGAGCGCGAUCGUCUGGCGGCAGAGCGCGAACGCGAACGCGCCGCACACAAGGCCAGCAGCGACCAGACCUCCAAGACCAGCGGCAGCAACAGCAACCAGCAGCUAGAGGAUCGCAUGGCCGAGAUGAUUAAGCUUCUGACGGCCAGACCGGAUGGCGCCGCGAUCGCCAACUUUAUUGGCGACCAGCACUCGCCAGUGGCGCUUCGACUCAGGGAGAUCAAUGAGAAGAUCCAGACCGAGAGUCUCAAGAACAAGGAGAUGGAGCUGGAGAUGAUCCAGCUGCGCCAGGACCGCAUUCAGAGGAUGAUGCUCCGUCACAAGGACUUGGCCGACGAUGAGUUUGCCCUGGCCGCCGACGAGGACGAUGGCGCACAGGCGCACAACAUCGCCAGCAGCUUCCAGUCUGACCAGAUCGCGAUGUUGGUCACCAAACUGGAGAAGCUCGAUCGUCUCGAGGACUUGAUGCGCAAGUUGGAGAUGAUGAAGUCGAUGGUGCCAACACUCAAUGCCAAUGGCGAGAUGAUAAUGUCUGGCAAUGGCAAGAGGUCACACGCCGAGAUCAAGGCAGAGUUGGAGCAGUUGCAAAAGGUGAUCAUGGAUGAGCGACAACCAGAGAGACAACGUGACGAUGCCAACAUCAAGUUUGAAAAGGUCUUCCAAGAGUUGACACAAACAGAAGAGUACAAGAGAGAGUUGGCUCAGAUCCAGGAAGAGAAGAGAAGAAUCAACGAGCCAUUGAAUCAGAAGGCCCUCACCAACCUCCUGUCCACUUAUAAUCCAAACAACAUUGAGAGGAAUCCAGAACUGAAAGAUCGUAUCAAGGAAUCACCAGAGUUGGCGUUGAUUGGAAUGGAUCCAAAGGCUAUAAUGUCAAAGCAUCAGAAUGAUUUCCAGCAAUACUUUAUUAUCAAGUGUACACUUGAGGAGCUAAGAGCCAUCAGAGCAUCUCUGCCCAAGUGGAGAGGAGACCAGAAGAGACAGAUUGAUUGGACCAACGCACUGGAAGACAAGAUCGAGCAAUUCGCCAAGAAUCCACCUCCACCUCGCAGGACACCGUCCAGACCCAAGUUGGGAGGACUGCCGCCCCCACCUAAGCCACCCAAGGCCCCUGUUGCUGGUGCAAGCCAAGCAUCUCUCAUGAAUGAACUUCUUCGCAGACGAAGAAAGGUCGAUUAA